CAUGAACGCAUAGACCGGCGAAGUUCAGUAGCUGAGAAGGGCAAAGAAGGUGCGGGGAAAGAGCGAUCGGGAUUCAGGACUCGUCCGUGGGCAAUUGCAGGCCGGGUCGAGUCAGUAAAAAACAGAACCGAAGAGACCAACUGGGGCCUUGGGUUCCUUGGUGUUGGGAUAAAUUCACCGCGAGGGAGGUAGUGUUCGAGGAAAGUGCUAGCGCUCAUGCCUGCUGCUCCUGACCGCGAGGGAAUGAGGAAAGCCAGCGAGCCAGCCAUCGUUGUCAUUGUCGUGGGAAGCACCAACUGACUCUCAUGUCCGGAAUGGAAAUCGGAGGCGCUGGAGGCGAGAAUCGAAUUAGUGUUGCCUGUGUCGGAGUGGGGUGCCAGGAUUUGUCCGUCAAGUUCAGCUUGGAGGUCAGCUUCUCGCCGGAUGAAAUACGCCUGGGAAGUUUUGCGACCAUCGUUUGAGAGUGGCAGUCUAGCCUUAAAUAUACAUGCGGUGAUACUUGUUGCGGAGGAAUCGGAACGGAGCGGGAUUGGACUGGCGAGGUUUCUAGAGGAAGAGAGAGCGGACACGAGGCAGGUCUUGUCUCGUUGGAUUUGCAAUUUUGAUUCGAGCAGUAUUCGCGAGUGGCUUGUUGUAUGCACUGUGGGAGUAUCAGGCUAGUCGGUGGCGAUUGGAGUUCGAAGCGGAGGGUGGAAAUCUUUGAUCGAAUCGAGAGAUCGUCGAAGUAUGGGAGAGAUUGAAGAGGCCUUCAAACUUUUUAUGGACUGGGUGGUCUAUUUAAACGGCUUGCACAAGCUCGGAGGACAGAUUCUUGUGGAGUUUGCGAAGAAGCUCGGAGCGUAUCGAAGAGCCAAAAAGGAAGAAGCAGAAUAUUUUGCGCGAGUGGCGGCUGCGGCUCAUAGUCAACGACUGUCACUUUAUCUCGGGCCCGGUAGCUGGCUCGAGGACACUUCAAAAGCUCUUGCUGCCAAGCUGGACUCAGCGACCACGAGAUUAUGGAUUUAUCUGAAUGAAGCUCAUGAAUGCUUGAAUCAUCUGGCCGGAAUUUCGAAGGAUGCGAUUGAAGAACACUCGGAACACGAGGCCACUAGGGAACUCGAGAGAUUCAACCUCUCGACUGGCGAUGAAGUCUGCGCGGGUGCUGAUAGAACGACGCGGAAUGGAAAAUUUCAAGGUCGACUGCCUUUUUCUGAAUAUUCUUCCAUGAUGGCCCUCAUCUACAAAAUGCUCGAGGAGGACUACAACAUGCAGCGGAAGAUCGUUGAGGCCUUGGGACUGGACACACCCGCCGACGCUCUUACAGAAUAUUGCACAAUGUGGCUAGAACAACCGUGUAUAAAGUGGUACGUGAUCGACAGAGCAUUGAGCUGGACUCAGAUCCCCGAGGAAUCCAUGAGUUAAAAUCUGAAGAUGCAGCCCUGUAAUCGAAAUCCGGAAUUUCAAAUCGACUGAGAACUGGGGCAUGAAUAGUUAGUUCUACAUGAAGUGCAGAUAGUGAUCAUUAUUGGAAGUAUUUGUACCAUCACAACUGAUGGUGAGUGAUUUUGGAGGCUUACUUCUUCCUGGUUUCAGUUGCAUGGAACACUUGUACAGCGGAGGAAAAAGUCACACCUGAGGCAUUUGAAGUGACAAAUAUGAGCAGCAGUAGUUACAAUUAGGCAGUUAAUCGAGAAGGGACACCUUUCAAGUAGUCUCUGUAGCAGUAGAGUGGAUGGUCAGUUAAUGGGAUCUUUUAGUGGGAUAGAUUCCUCUUCGCCGCGGGAAUUGAGGAACAUUUCUUCGUUCAUGUCCCCUCUCGUCUCAAGAGAUAUGUCAGAAAAUGGAAAACUUGCACUACAAUUUUUUCUAAUACAAAGGCCGUAAUCAUAGCGUUCCAGUUCAGGAAAAAAUUCUCAACAUCUGAUUGU